GUGUGCAUGUGAAACCAUGCACCAUUCGAUGAUUUUGUUAAAAUCCUCUUGCUUUCUACACAGUUCACCAAACAUUGCCAAGUCCAAGCAUUUUCUUGGCAGAGCAGCCUACUGCAGCCUAAGAAAACAGGAGAGAAGAAGCCUCAGAAAAGCUUGGCCUUCAAUCUCAGUGACCCUAUUUGGCUCAGGCUUCUUCUUGGGUCCCUUGCUUGAUGGGCUUCACUCAAGGGUAGAUCUUGUGGUGUAUGACAAUGGUGCCAUUAACAUUGGUCCACUCCAUACAAAUAUCUGGGUACCUUUUCUCCUUGGUUCAUUCUAUUGCACUGUUGGUUUGCUUCAAUUAUACUUGGAUGAAAGAGGAUCUUCAAAGAUUUUAGAAGAUGAUAACCAAAAGAAAGCAGCGGCUUCUUUUAUAGCACUUGUGGCAUUCAUAGAACUAAGCGCUGAAAUGUACAAAGCUGGAGUUGCGUACAACACUGAGGCCUACAUAUUGUUCGGAUUAGCAGAGUUGCUAUGGCUAUCCCUGGAUAGAACACUGUUGGGGUUUACCCUGGCAUGCGUUGUUGGAAUAGGUUGCCCACUGGCUGAGACUCCCUUAAUGAAGUUCUUCCACCUAUGGCAUUAUCCACAACCAAACAUCGACAUCUUUGGCCAGGGACUAGUCAGCUGGACAAUCACUUGCUAUUUUGCUUACACCAUAUUUUUGAUUAAUUUCUCUCGAUGGCUGAAGUCAGUGUUAACUGCCGCUGAUCAAGUUAAUGAGGGAGAAUCUUAACACUGUUCAAUGUUUAAAACCAAAUUUCAUGUAUUUCGAAACAGAACAAAAUCCAAUGCUGGAAAAGAAUUCAUCAUCCUGGACCUGGGUUGAAUCUGGUCAUUGUUCAUGAAUAAUAUGUAUAAAUAAUGUGAAAGAAAAGGGCUAUUAUAUACGUCUUCACAUAAUCACCCACGAAAAAAAUGUGCAAAGAAAUAAUAUAGUGUUCCCAAAAUUAUAUCCAUAAAUAAAUGUAAUAUUUACUUCUGGUGACAAUGUAGAACAAGUAAUUUCUGAGAAAGGGAAAACUCUACUGUUUGAGUAUAACGUUUAUAAUAUCAGGGAACUUCUCCUUUAUAGCAGCUUUGACACCAGAUCCAAUUGACUCGGGGCCAACAUAGUUAACAAAGCAAUCC